AUGCUUUUGAUUUGGGAUUUUGAUGUGGAUCAUAUACUGACAGCGAAUACAAUUGCAGUGGCUGCAGUUGUGCCUGAUUUCGACAAUAUUCUGGAGACCCCAUUGCUGGCCGUGGAUGUGGUAAGUUGCAAUUGUUCUAACUUUCCAGAUACUAACAAGGUUUUACUACCUCCUUUAGACGAGACUCCUGAAAGAGAACAUUCUCCAGAACCAACAGAAAGAAACGAAGACAAUCUUAAUGAUGGACAAAGUAGGAAUAAUUCAGAUGAUGAACAUUCAGAUGAUGAGUAUGAACAGACUGAAGGCAUUGUUGAUAUUUGUAUGUUUUGUUUUAUAAAUUUUUGCUGGAAUACUGUAUGCCUGUUUUAUCUGGUUCUAGCUGGUUGUUUAAAUCUGCAAACUGUAGUUUGAUAUUUUUCAAUUUUCAUCUAAAUAUUGCUAAGUUUGUGUUGUUCUAUAAAUACGCACUCUUUUAGGUCUUGAGAAUAUAAUUUUAGAAAUUACAUGCGCAAAAAUUGCUAUUUUUAGAGAUGACAGUUAUGCAAUAAUUAUUUUCUUGUUAUUUGUUAUGAUUUUGUAGAAAGUGAUAGGGCAGAAAGUGAUGACGGAUUAAGUGAAAGUGGUGGAGCAAAAAGUGAUGAUGAAUUAAGUGAAAGGGAUGAUGAAAGUGAUGAGGAGGAAGAAAUCACCCACGCUAUACCAUUCAAGUGCAUUGGUGCUGCUCAUGAGAAAAACUACCAACAUCAUUUGGAAAAGGCAUACCUCGCUCUUCAUGAACAAAAUAAACCAGUGACUGUAAGAAUACGGCCAGAGCCAUUGAAUCCAAGGGACCCAAGUGCAAUAGCAAUUGAUGUAGACUAUGGAACUGGAUGAGCACAUGUUGGUUAUAUUGCUUCAGAACUAUGCAAAUAUUUGCACCCACUAAUCGCCGCAGAAGAUAUCUUGGAUGUCUAUGUUCAGCAUAUCAAGUAUAGGGUUGACUUUUUAAAAAUAGGAUUUUAUCCAAAAAUUGUAAUAAAGAGACGUGGUGAGUGGGAGAAUCAAGUGGUAAGGAAAAGCAUGAGUGUACGUUGACAGAUGCAAAUAAUAGCAAGUAUGUUUAGCAGGUUAUUGAUGUGCAUUUAUUUCAAUUGGCUAACUUUUUAGAUUUUUUUCCAGCAUUUUUUAAACAAAACAUAGGUUAAUUAUAGCUGGGUAUAUCUAAUCAAAAUAAUCUGUCAUGUACACUCAUGCAAAUAAGUAUGCAACUGUAAAAAUGUGCUUUUAAAUUAGUAAAUUAAUUAAUUAAAUAAAUUAUCCAUGCAUCAUCUGACCUACUUUGUGGGUAUUUUUUUCAGAUUAAAAUUAAAUGCAACGAUAAAACAAGAAGAUGUAUAUUUAUAUAAUAUUUGUAAAAUUCAUCCAAGGUCCCACAAUAACAUGCCUAUAUCAUGAUACUUAAUUAGUUAUAUGAUACAUGAUAAUACAGUAAAAACCUCCAUAAUUAUAAGAACCAAGCUAGCUGAAUUAUUGAUUGUCUGACAAUAUAAAAUAUAAAGUGAUAGCUAGAACAAUCCAAGUGGGUUUCACAAUAAUUUAUAUUCCUUUUCUAAUAAAAAUAAGAGGUCCAUAGGUGGUCUUCAUAUCUGCCCUUAAAACUAAUAAAAGUUAAUCAAAUUUUUUAAAAAUACAGUUUUGUUAGUCAACCUGACAUGGUAUUUGUACAUGGCACAAACAGUAUUCUUUCAUAAAUUUAUUGUGAUUGGUUCAGUAUAAUGGUUCUUUUACACAGGUCUUUACUGUACACCUUUCUAUAUUUGCUCUGAAUACGGACAUCUCUAA